CUGGGCGUAACGAAUGACGCAUGUUCAAACUAGGGAGGCUCACAAUGAUUAUCACAAAGCGUGUUGAAUGCACGUGAUUGUUUUUGAAGGUUAAUCUAUGCCAACUGGCGACAGUUGUCAGGUCACACUGCCUGGCAGUGCCAGAUGCAAGUUAUUAGGUGUCAGUUGGCCACUUGGCAACCCAGCUUUCUUCAUGUUUGAUAUGCUUGCUUUUCUAAAUACAUUCAGGAAUAUAAAGCAAAAUGGUGAUCAAAGCCCUUGACUCUCAGACAACUAAGCUUCUAUGCUCUACUGUCAACAUUGUGUCUUCUCGCGAUAUUGUCAAAGAGCUUAUCGACAACUCGAUUGAUGCCGGGGCCAUGAAUAUCCAUGUCCAUGUUUCUUCCAAUUGCCUUGAUAAAAUUCGCGUACAGGAUAAUGGAAACGGCAUUGAUCCCCUGGAUUUUAAAUACAUUGCCAUGCCGUCUCACACUAGCAAGCUCGACACCACAUCCCAACUGGAUCGAGUUGGUAACAAGAGCCUCGGUUUCCGUGGCAUCGCUCUAGCUAGUAUCAACACUAUCUCACGUGUGGAAAUUAUAACAAAGUCAAAAUCAGCUCCAGUAGCUACCAAACUCACUAUACGACCUGGAUUGGGAGGCUUUACAACGGCAAAGGUCGUGUCGUCUCCCAAAGGAACGACGGUCGUAGUACAGGACAUUUUUCAAAAUAUAAGGGAACUGAUCAAGUCUUUUGCCUUGGCUCACAUAGAUAUAGGCUUUUCCCUCAAAGUCUUUGAUGAUGGUGGGUUUCCUUGGCGAUGUGUGCCCAGUACCCCAGCCAGUUUCAAAGAGACCGCUAUUCAAAUUCUUGGGAAAGAAUUAGGAGCAGCCAGCAGUGAACAUCAAUUUAUUUGUCCUACAAGCCUCCAGGAUGGCAAAAGUGGCGAGCAGAAGUGCAUUUUGCAUGCAGUACUCCCAGAUCUGUCGCAAAUGCAUGCUAAAUUACCAGAGGCAGUCUACAUAAGCAUUGACGGGCGAGGAAUUACGGCUACAAAGGGACUAGGAAAGGCAUUGUAUGAGAACUUCAAGGGCCACUUCUCUAAAGCAACAUCAGAUAUGGUCCUUACAACUGACCAGAAACCAUUUAUGUGCCUGAACAUAUUGACAACUAACGUGCCGUACGACGCGAACCUUACCCCAAUGAAGGAUGAGAUUUUGUUUCCUGACGAGGAAAUAAUCAAAAACGGAUUCAAUAGCUUGUGUCUCAAAGUAUACGGACAUUGUAAAGGAAUUGUGGCGGACGACGCCGACACUGAUAUUCGAGUCUCAAACCACCAGAAAACGACCAAGAUCUAUGCCAAGUUGAAGACGGACUUUGUGGUGGAUAUGGCGUGGAAGAAAGAUGAAGAUGUAUUCGAAAGUGACGGAGAAGGAGAAGCACUGGAACUAAUAAUACCUUAUAUGACUACCCUUCCGAAAACCACAGACCGUACGCUCCGUCUAGGACAGUCACUGGAUAAACGCCGCAGAAUUGAGGACUAUUUUACUUCCAAACCAGAGGAAUUCCAAGUUCUUUCAGAGAACAAUGAGCCAAGGGAAUGUAAUUCGCCGUGUACAAGCUCUCCUAUUCUUCAGGCAGGACGCAAGGUUCUCCAACCUCUCACCGCGUCUUCGAUUAACUCCAUGCAAGAAGAAGGAGGUUGUGAGACGGAGAAUUCUGAUACCGAGGAGGAAUCCCAUGGCUCACCAGAAUCACAGCUACUGGCAACCAACAUAUCACGGGGUAUGAUAAUGGAGACGCCAACCCGAAUUAGAGGAUCCAAUCUAGGACUACUCACUGGCUCCGCAAGUAGAGCUGAGCGCAUAACGUUCAGCCCAUCGCCUAUGCUUCAGUCACCACCCCCUUCUGUUUCCCGUGGGGUUGCUCGACCUAGGCGCGAGAUGCCAGGCUUCAUGUCUCUCACUCGAAAUUCUCCGAUUCGUGUAUCUAGAGCACCAAUGCUUACGGGAACAAGGUCAGGGGGCUUUCAACAGGGCCUCGUUACGCCUGUCCGCCGGACACAGCCUACUAGUACUCCCAGGUUCCGUCUAUCAGAGGCUGUCGCUGGUAGUAAUACAGAUAGUUACGAUAACGAUGGUUAUUUGGCACCAUUGCACACGCAAGCCCGUCAAACACAGCCUAUGCUUUUGAAGUCACCCAAACCACGUCCGGCCACUGACACCAGCGAGGGCUCGGACAGCAGCUCAAUUGACGGUGACGAAUGCGAUCUAACCGAUAAUUCAGAGCUAGAUCCGGCUCGUGUACUUAGUAGUUUGUUGGCAGUGAUAUGUACGGAUGUUUCUGCCAUCAAAACCCAUAUGUGGAGGGUGGCUAGUUACGACAGAUUCGUCCAACAUGGACUGGUGGCUUUUGGUGAGCAAAGGUACGAGGCAGAGGUAUUGGCGGAGCUAGAGGCGAAGAUUCACCGCAUUAUUCGACUUCGUAUGCAGUAAGAGCUUGAGCUUGGGUUGCAUGAUGCAUGUUGCUAGUGGAAUGCAGAUGGCAGAAGGUGUUUGGAAGGAAUUCGAAACAAAGUCAUACAUUUCAGCCGUUGACGACGCCAAGCCCUUUGCAGUAUACACAGAGUUGUGACUGUACGGAGCCGAACAGUAGGAAAUCCAGGUUGGGGCCCAUCUCGUAUUCUUGGGCGGGCUAGCGCUCCAUGGUGUCUCGCAAGCGGGCCACGGCUGUCGAUUUGGCGACGGGGACUGGGUAAAAAGGAAGAAGCCGUGCGCCCAAGCAGAAUGUAUGAUCCAAUGGGAUGUACGAGGCGCUGCGCAGGGCAGCUGUGGCUGCAUCUGAUGGCGAGGGUCGAGUGCCAGCGUGUCUGUGCAUGCUUUACACCAGCAACAGGCGGUGGUAGGAUAGUAUAGCUAGAGGGAAUUACUUUGCUCUAUUGAUGGAGAAUCAUGUGCUACGAUGGCUUCUGGUGAUAAAGAGUAUCUCGGUCUCAGCACCCAAACAGUGAACAACCAUCGUAGCGAACCCAUCGUCUUGUACAGCACGUGUUUCAGGCGAGCCGGGCGCAGGAGACCGACCCCCGGUCCCUCCCCUGGCCGUGUAGUCCUUGUGCCGCGCGCAUCGCCAGCCCAACUAAAAAAAAUCGCAUGGUGCACGAAUACCACACCACAACAGAGGCUGUGCAGCAAGCCCACUCCAAAGCAAGG